GAGUUUGUGAGGAGAGGGCCCACAGAAAGAGGCUGCACAGCUAUUGUUGAACAAAAUGCCUGUUAGAAAGAGAGAGGAAAAGGGGGAGGAUGUGUUUGUGACAACGUGGUGGAAUUGGACUAAAAGAGGAUUAGUCCAAGUCCUUAAUGUGUGACAUGGACACAUAAUUAUGAUUUAAACAUGCAAAGGAAAAAUCUAAAAGUUGUCACAUCGUUAAAGGGUUAGUGUAAUGAAAGAAGAAACAUAUUUUCGCAGUAGUUUGUCGUGCAAUUAUAAGAAAGUUAAUUAUAAUAAGACUGCGUGUUGUGGGCGUUCACCUUCUCGGGUAAUGGUACAGUCCAGCACCAGCUCGCCCCCAAAUUGCAGCGCAAGCCUAUAAAAAAGUAACCGAGUGCACAAAGUUGGACAGAGGAACCUGUUGUUUGAGCUAGAAGAGAAAAACAUCAAGAGAACAGAAAUUGGAGAGAUGGAGCAAACCGAGUUAGUGAAGCCAGAAACUCUGGAUGACCUGAUCAAAACCCUGCACAACAUCUUUGAAAGUGACUGCAUCAAUGUUGAGGAGGUGCAAGAUGUAAUGGAAGCCUAUGAGAGCAAACCGCAGGAAUGGAUGAAAUUUGCAAAGUUUGACCAGUACAGGUAAGAAAACGCAAAGUCAGUGUCUAAAAAAGCCCCGCUGACUUUACUUAGGCGUUAUAACCUGUUUUUUUACUGUUGUAUUUUGUUCUACUUAGGCAAUUGCCUUGUCGCCCUUGUCCUUUGUGUUGUUUGAACUGGCAAAUGUAACUUAAUUAUCUAGUUUUUUUUUUUUUUUUUAACUUGAUGUUUAAUUUUAUUGCAGGGGGGUCUUGGUGCAUUACUAUUUUAAAAAGUUUGAAUAGGUGGCAGGAUGGGCCAUUUUUAAAACUUGCACUUAUUUUGUAGACUAAUGGGCUCUCAAAAUGGUUACCGUUGAAAAAAAAGAAAAAGAAAGACAUUCCAUUAUUUGAGUAAAAACAAGUUUUUUUUGACUACCCAGAAGGGCAUUUAUUUAUUUUUAGUUAAUUCAAAUAAUUGAGAUUUUUAUUUUGCGUUAUUUCUAUUUUCAAUCAAGUUUAUUUAUCAUUUUAAAAACGCCAUUUAUCUGUCAAGCCGGUAACCUCGUAUCAACCUGGUACAUCUCAAUGUUUAUCUCACUUGAAAAUAUGGCCCCUCUAUUCACAAAAAAAAAAAAAAGUUCAAUGGCUCCCGUGUGUUUUGAUUAGUCAGGGUUCAGUGGAGGGAGGGUGACAGAUUCAUCCAAUCAACACCGAGCACAGACACACACCCGCUGAUUCCUGCAGGGAUGGGCGCGCGUGGAGGGAUGAGCAGCUGUGUCGAAAACAUUCAGAGGCUGAUGGGAAAUCUGUGUAAAGAGGCGAAAGCUGUUUUGAAGGCAUUUGACUUGAAACUGAGUAAAAGUUAUGAUAGUAAUAAUAGUCAGUGACCCUUUUGUUUAACCUUACAGGACAGGGUAUUUUUUAAGAAUCUGUAAUAACAAAUAUGACAGCAUCUUCUCCUCCCAUGUUUUAACAGGAGGUGGGAAAGAAAAAGUAGCCACAUAAAAACUGAAAGGAAGCUAUAAUUUCAGUGAUUUGGGUCAAUAAGAUGGUAUGGCUGAAAUAAAUGUGUUUGGUUUCAAUUAAUUUUUAGCUAAAGACAUGGGACAUCCUGCAGUCAAAGUCCAAACCAAACUUUACCAACUCUAACUUAUGGGAAACAAGGUCCUCCAUUGUUUAAAACGAGUAGGCGGUUGAUAGAAAAUGAAAAAAGUAUACAGGACACCUCUGUAAACUGAGGUCCAGCAGCAGUGGGAAUACAUUUCAUGACCCUAUUUAUGCAAUUCGUUUUCUGUUUCUGCAGGUACACAAGGAACUUGGUUGAUGAAGGAAAUGGAAAAUUCAAUCUCAUGAUUCUGUGCUGGGGAGAGGGACACGGCAGGUAGGAGGCCCGAUAACAUAGGAAUAGCAUAUCAAUAUUAACUUUUAAUGCGGCUUGUUUUAUUGCAAAACAAAACUACCAAAUGGCCUUGGCUGAAAUUAAUUUGUAUCGAUAAGGUCUCUGAUAAAAACAACAUCAGCAGAAACUGAUAACAGUAAGAACUAAUGUGUUGCACUUCAGUGAUAUCAUUUUCUUUAAGUCUGGUUACAGCCGCCUGCUUUGAGAUUUUGUAGUAGACUUCUUUAACUUGGGUCAAGAAGAAGUGCUCAGAGAUUAAAUCAUUGUUCUUACUGAAACUUUUCAGUGAUUUGUUGUCAUUCUGUCAGAUCACGCAGAAAUCUGGUAUCUCUUUGUCUGCAUAGUCAGUCUGAGGUUAUUUGACAACUGUUCCUUUUUUUGUAUUAAUCCCAGAAAUAGUCAGAGUUUGAAUGUUGCUUUUGUUCCUGGGUUCACGAGGAGGACACAUCCUGACAAUGUAUUCUUGUGUGUACCUUACACUUUGCAGUAGCAUCCACGACCACACAAACUCACACUGUUUCAUGAAGAUGCUGCAGGGUCAGCUGAAGGAGACGCUGUUUGCGUGGCCUGACAGUAAAUCGCACGGAGACAUGGUACAGAAGUCGCAGAGAAUCCUUCAGGAAAACAAGGUUGCUUACAUAAAUGGUGAGAAACCCAUCUGGAUGCUGUUUGUCUGUUUGUUUUUAGGAGUUAGCCAUAAACUCUUCCUGAGCAUUGAAUCAUUUGGUUCUUAUUAAUGCUCCUCUGCUGUGUGUGGGGGCCAAUUUGAAACUGCUCUUAUGCGGCAGUGUUUACAUUUUAAUGUUAAAGCAGCCUAAAUCAUCAUUCUGUUUUCAUCUAUCACAUGUUAACCGGCUUUGUGUCGCUGUGUCAUUUUUAUAAGUGCAGUUUCCAACCUCUGCACUUAUGUAAUGAUAGACUGGUCUCUUAGGAGUUAAAAGCCAGUUGCAACUUUCCGAUGAAUAGUGUUCAGGUCUCUUCCCAGAUCUUUGCUGACUUAGUGUUUCCCCAAAGCCAACAUGGCACUGGUGUGAUGUUUGCUCUCACUUGUGGGUUGCAGCACUGCCAGUAACUGCCUGUGAGCCUCGUUUCACGGCAUUCCAGCGGUGUUCACUUUUUUUUAAAAUAUACGUGUUUGUUCGUAUGUGUUUGCACAUUUCAGACUCCCUGGGCCUGCAUCGUGUGGAAAAUGUUAGCCACACAGAGUGUGCAGUCAGUUUGCACCUGUACAGCCCCCCUUUCCAGAGCUGCCAAACCUUUGACCAGCGGACAGGCCACAGGAACACCGUCAAGAUGACCUUCUGGAGCAAAUACGGAGAGAGGACUCCAUUUGUAAGAGACUUUUUUAUGGCUUUGGCACACAAAGGAAGAAAGAAAUCUCAUUUGAUUUAAAACUAGACCUCUUUCCCUUGAUUCUUGGUCCGUGGAGGCUCAGAUUUUGCCACAAAUAAUUCCUUAGAGGAAAUUUUACAUGCCAGGAAAAGUAAUUUUGCAGAAUUAUGCAUCGUACAAAAAAUAACAAAAUCAAUACCAAUGCAAGACAGCAUACAAAUGUAUAAAGAAGCAUAUUGUGAAUGCUAAAAUAUAAACAAACUUUGUAUGACAAAAAAAGGUCUAAAUGUAACAAAUUUGGGGAUUUUACAUUAUCUUACAACUCAGAGACUCAUUACAAACAGUUAAAUGAACAUGAAGACGUUCUCCACCCCAGUUUUAUGAGGAGGAAGUGGCAAGUUUUUUACGUGGCUUGGCUUCCUCAUUACACUCGGCCUGAAAGCAAUCAAAGUGGCUCCUCUAAAGGAUUGAGGAAUUUUAAUAGACGGUUUCCAUUUUAUACUAAUUACUAGAUCUGCUGCUGGUUAAACAAAAAUGCCACAUAAUGGGAAAGAAAUGUUGUUCACUAAACACGAGAGCUGUUUAUUUACAAGCUCUGUAUUGUCUGGUGAAUCUUUGUUGUGGUAAAUGUAGAAGUCGGCUGUUUCUGCAACAGUCCAAGACAUUAGAAAUACAGUACCUUAAAGGAAUAAUCCGUCUAGAAUUAAUUUAAGUCCAUCUCAUCACCAGUUAAAAACCCUCACCGGGGCUUAAGGUCAAGCUAAAAUUUUUAAUGUAUCCUGCAGCCCAAAUUGCUGCCCUCGUAGGAAUUGACUGCAGACGUGAUAAAAAUUACAUAAAAGAUAAAGACGUUAAACAACAAGAGCACCUGAAGUAUGAGUCCCUCCUGCUUCCCUGCUAACAACAGCAGCCUUAUCUGAUACCUACGUGUUGUAUAAGCAUACCUCAACCAUAACACUGUCAGGUUAGAGCAUUAGAUUGCAACACAAACAGAUAAGAUAAUAGAGGAACAUGAGAGUGAGAACACAAUGAACUUAACUCUGUAUACACCCUAAGCUUUAUACAAAUCUUGUCUAAAGUUUGAAGGAGUGACAGACCAGAGGCUGUUUAAUGUUUGUUUCUAUUAGUCCUAAAAUAAAUCAUGGUUUGUGUAACUCAGUGAUAAUGUUCUGGACUCUGCAUCUAAUUUGCCCUCUUUUCCUCUCUUCAUUAAAGGAAACUACAAUUUCACAGGAAAACAACUAAUGGUCAUCAAAGGAGGCUCCGGAUGAUGAAGACAGUCCCGUUUAAAAUGACAAUGUUGUGAAAUUGAUUCAAGGGAAACUGCUGGGGGAAGCAAAAUGUGGACCUACUAUGACUAAGCACCCAUUUUAAAAAAUCAGGAACGGGCCAGUUCAAAAGGACAACCCGGUAAUUAGAAUGGCUUUAUCGCUGCCCAGUGUGAGCUUGGCAAAUACUGAUGAGCACAGGACGAAUGCAUGAAUAGGCUUGGACAUGGAUUGAAUCUGCCUUUUGUUUGCUGGGCCUGAGGAGACCCUUUUCCAAUAACAACAUUCCUCUCUCUCCACGACCUGUGUAACCACACUUUUGUAAAGUUAUGGCCCAUAGUCAAAGAGUAGAGCUUCAACACACGAAGGAGGGUAAAAUACUGCUCUUACAGUGUUUCUCUUCAAAUUUGUAUUUCAUGAGAGGUACACAGUUCUGCAAUCAGCUGUUUUGUUAUCAGUGGAGCACUUUUUAAGUUGUACUUACUGUUGAUUUAUACCACUCAAAAUUGUCUUAACACCUGUUGAAAAUUUUGAAGGAAUGUAACAAUGUUUGUAUAAUCUAAUUAAAAAGACGUUUGUUCCAUUUGCGUUUGAAAAGAGAAAUGUAAAGCUAUAGAGUUGUGUUGUUUUUAAAAGUGCGAUGGUUGUAAUUUAUUUGCAGGUUUUUUUUUCUGUUCACAGUGGGAGUGUUUAAAUCAACAAGCCACUGUGUUACUCCUAAAUGUGUUCAUAUGCGGGUUUUGACCAAGAGAUUCUUGUGGAGGGACUAUUUUUUAUUGUAUGCAGACCAUACUUUUAGGUACUAUUUCUCAGGAUUUUGGCAUAUUUUAAUUGUAGCUGUAUUUGCAUAGUGUGUAGUUAUUACAGCAGAGCACUUCUCAUAGCACUGUCAAAAGCAUGCAAGCUUUCUAUCAUGCAGUAAAUAAUAAAUCUGGCCAUAACUGUAGACCAAUAAACACCUUCUUCCUUUCACAAAA